AUGCAUUGUCGUCGUCACGAAAUUCGUUUGCGUUUGUUGUUGUCGUGCCUUCUGCCGCGAGCCCCGUCGGGCCUCUUGUUGUUGUGCUAGGCCAUUCUAAUUGGAUCGCAUCACGUCGAUCGAUUAGACCGAAUCCGAGGAGAAUCCGAUUGAUUGAGAGAGAGAGAGAGAGAGAGAGAGAGAUUGUUGUUCGGAAUUAGUUGCGGCUCGGGAAGAAUUGUGGAAGGCGAUGGGGAAAUUAGUGCAAUUGGCGCUGAUGUGCCUCAUCGGGGGGUCCGGAGCUUUGUAUUAUACGUUGUAUACAUACAAGAUCGAUCGGAACGCUCUGCUGGAGAUAUUCAAUGACUUGUCCAAAAGAUUGGGCAUUUGGGCGAUGCCUGUGUUUGUGGCAGUCCAUACUCUUGCCAUAGCCAUGUGCUUUCCGUAUGCUGUGUUUUUCGAAGCAUUUGCUGCUUUUCUUUUUGGAUUCGUCAAUGGUGUUAUCUGCGUCUUCUCUGCGAAGGUUUUAGGCGCAGCGCUUGCGUUUUGGGUCGGAAGGGCUUUGUUUCAGUGUUCACCAGGAGCAACAGAUUUGGUGCGGAAUAAUAGGUUUUUCAGUACAUUGAACAAGGGAGUUGCGAAGGAUGGUUGGAAGUUUGUGCUUUUAGCUCGUUUUUCUCCUGUACCAUCCUACGUCAUAAACUAUGGACUAGCAGCUACAGACGUCCGUUUCUUUGUGGACUUUCUGCUACCAACUCUUGUUGGUGGUCUCCCAAUGAUACUUCAAAAUACUUCUUUUGGAACUCUCACUAGCGCCACGAUCGAUGGGUCGAACAGAAGUCUUUCUUCUUACGUGCUUCCUGUCGUAGGCAUGUGCUCAGGUCUGAUCAUUACGUGGAAAGUAACGAAGUUUGCCACACAGGAUUUUGCCUCUGAAGAUGAAGUUAAGAAAGAGAAUUCCUACGAGACAAAGUCUGAGGGGAUAAUUUUAGACGAAAAGCGAACUGAUGAGAAAGAUGGCAAGAUCAAACAGCGAAAAGCUACCCCUCGGGAGUAAGCUUUCAUACUGGUGCCCAGAGUCAUUAUACAAGGGCAGGUAGACAAACUUUUGCAGUUGUAAUGUGCAGGAUGAAUAUCAAGUGAGUAUAGAACAAUUGCCAGCCAGGUGGUGAUUUCACAUACUUGAUAUCAGAGAAUGUGAAACCAUCGAGAGUCAAAGAAGAGGUAGAGGCUCUAUCUAAACAGGGACUGCACGCCUGGGAUUGGAAAACAUGCGAGCCGCUUCGGAGUAGACGGGACCAGUACUGGCCAGGGUGGCUUUCUCAGCUGAGUUGUUUUUGGUAAUAACCACGUACGCGGAAGAAGCCAUCAAGUCUUUAACGAAUAGUUGAAUCAAGGAUCGAAAGGUUACGAACGAGAAGGAGAAGAUACAAAUAGUUUUAUCACUCUAUUCUUGCUGCGUGGCUUGGACUGACCUGAACAUCUGCCUUGAUCUUCCGAACAUCAAUAUUUGCUCCUGCGCUUCUCUCUGCCAUGUUUCUAUUGAUCAAGUUCGGAACGAAUGAAGCAAAACACGUCUCCGAGAGCUGUAUACUUUGCUGCCAUUAGACUGCUCGGGCUUUGCAAACCAGACGCAAAUUUUGACAACUUUGAUCUAACCUAUGUGUAUUCCUUUCAUGUAUAUGCAUGUCAGGUUUCUGUCACUUUUCUCCGUAGAGUUUAUCAUCACCCAACAACUGAGUUCAAAGAUGCGAAGCCUAUUUUGUUAUAGAGUGUGAACUACGAGAUAUCUCCUUUGUUGGAAUCAGGUUUGGAAGCAAUGUUGGUUUGCACAAACACAGCUGCAGAUCUUAGGACGCAAAGGAUUGUAUUGGAUUCACUUUAAAAGUAUCCACAGUGCCCACGGCAAAGACGUGUACAGAGAUUCCGAGGGUAUCAGUUCAUGAUAUUGUCAAAUCAGUUGUCGAAGGUCUGAGAUCCUGAUCAACGAUACAAGCAGGGCGAGCAGAAAAGCAGAGCACAGCAUGGUCGCCUACCAACUCGAUGGACCUCCUUCCACGACCCAUGAUGUUCGAAUUGUGAAUCCUCUAUGAGAGCGAGUCUCUCUUUUUGUUGUCAUGAGUGUGGUAAACAACAAUAAUUUCAAUCUUUGAGGAGUUUUGGGAUAAUGCGAG